GAUCUUCUCAUACUUCAGCAGUUUUUAUUUUGGUCUUUUGUUCCUCUACAGACAAUUAUUCGUCGAGCCUCCUUAUCCCAUCAUCUACUGGACUGGGAAAACAGUAGUUGUUACCGGUUCCAGUGGAGGGAUUGGAUUGGAAGCAGCAACACACUUCGUGCGAUUAGGGGCCCAGCGAGUAAUCAUCACUGCACGAGAUGACGAGAAAGGCAAGCAGGCGCGAAGGAUAAUUGAAUCAAUCACUGGGCGCCACGAUGUUGUCGAGUGCUGGGGUCUGGAGCUUAGUUCAUCCGACUCUGUCAAGAACUUUGUGAACAGGGCAAAUUGUCUUGACAGAUUAGAUGCAGUUGUAUGUAACGCUGCUGUGGCAACUCCGACUUUCAGACUAGUCGAUAGGGACGAGACCACUAUAACUGUCAAUGUGAUCAACACUUUCCUCCUCGCCUUUAUGUUGUUGCCGAGCCUGAAGAAAACAUCACGAAAUCAUGGGACCGUUGCUCAUUUGUCGUUCGUCUGCAGCGAGGUCAUCUUCCAUACCUCACUCACGGAGCUGGAAGCACCCAAUAUCCUGGGGGCGCUUCGAGAGAAGAGGACAGCCUACAUGUUGAGGAGGUACCAUAUCAGUAAAGUCAUGGCUGCUAUGAUAGUCCGCGAGUAUUUUGCGAGACAUCAAGACCACGACGAAGUCGUGGUCAAUUAUGUCAAUCCCGGACUAUGCCACUCGAAUCUUCUCCGGGAGUUGCCCACGCCUACCUAUAUAAUCAAGACCCUUUUAGCGCGCACCGCGGAGGUUGGAAGCAGAACGUUAGUGCAUGCUGCCUGUGUAGGGAGAGAGUCACACGGUCAAUAUUUGAGUGAUUCGGAGAUACGUGCACCACCAUAUAUCCUUUGCAGCAAGAGGGGCGUUGAGCUCCAGCGGAGAUUGUGGGAUGAACUUAUGGAUCGCUGGACCGAGAUCCAGCCCGAAAUACGACAAUAUGUUUAGACGCGCAGGGGCUUUUUGCUAUUCUUAAUG